CAGAGCUCAGUGCUCGUGUUAGUGUCGGCCACUGAAGAUGAUGAAGGCCAACGAUGCGAUCUGUAAGCGGCGCAGAUCCUCUGCACCGCCACCUGGCGUCGAUAUUGUGCAGCACAUUAAUGGGAAUUUCGGGCGCUGGCAGCUUCGCACGAUACUCCUAAUAUUUCUGUGCAAAAUACCCACGGCCUGGUUCAUGGCCUGCAUCAUUUAUACAGCCCCCUAUCCGCAGCGCGGGGAGCUGGUCUGCCGCUCGGUCAGCUGGAAUGCCAGCGAAUCGCUGCCCAGUGAGAGCCGGAAUACGGAUCGGCUGUUCAGCGUGCAGGUGUGCAAUGCCUAUGCGCAGAGCUUGUCCCACAACUUUGUGCAGCGUUAUGGAACGAGCUGGAACGGAACGCAACAGGUGAUGCCCUGCGAGCGCGUCGAGCACCAUGCGGAGUACAAAUCGCUGAUCGUCGACUUCGAUUUGAUAUGUUCGCGUCGUGUGCUGGUGGCGGUCACCCAAUCGUUUCAUGCGCUCGGCGCUUUAAUUGGCGGCCUACUCGCAUACCAGGCGCUCCAGCACGUCAGUCCGCGUCGUUUGAUGCUGCUCGGCAUGCUGGGGCAGAUCUUUUGUGGCAACCUGACGGGUCUGGUGGACACCUAUCAGCUGCACAUCUACUUCCGUUGCCUCACUUCCGUCUGCUGCACGCUCAUGUACACAGCCGGGCAUUUCAUAUUAAUGGACAUCACCUCGGGCAAGGCACGCAUCUUGGUGGUGACGUUGUCGGAGCUCUUCUGGUCCAUUGGCUUGGUGCUGCUGCCCGCCAUAUCCAUAUACUUCGAUAACUGGAGCCAUCUGUAUGUGGCCAUAUCCUCGUCCUUGAUUGUGCUCGUCUGGCUGCAUCGCUGGAUCUCGGAUGCGCCGCGCUGGCUGCUGCGCCACCAGCGCGUGGAGCAAGCACUACGUUUGCUCCUGGAGUCGGCCACACACAACAAUCGCAUGGUGCCCCUCACUCUGGACGUCAGGCUGACCAUCUAUGCCAGCGAACUGAAGUCCGAACAGCGCAUCGGCUAUUGCCAGAUCUGGGAUAAGGAGACCAAACGCCGUCAACUGUUCUACAUUCACCUCAUCUGGGGCUGUGCUCAGGUGCUGUACAACAUUAUACUGCUGAUGAUUCGCAGCCUGGGCGAGGCGCAGGUUCAUGUGAAUACCGCUGCCCUGGGCUUUGCCGAAAUGGUCGGCCUAUUUGUAGGACUCUACUUCAUACUCUAUACGCGUCGCUACUGGCGCUGGGCGGGCAACCUGAUGAUCGUCGCCGGACUGUGCACCUAUCUGGUGUGGCUGCUGCCAGAGACAGAUCGCAAUUCACGCCGCGUCGGCCUGGAGCUCUUGUUUUGGAUGCUGCUGAAGUUUGCCAAUGCUGCGUCCAUAGCUGUGCUGACCACGUGCACGGGCGAAAUGGUGUCGCCGGAGAAGCGAGUGCUGCUCAUGCUCUCAGUGGUUAGCUUCGGCCGGCUCUGCUUGGUGUUCUCGCCGCUGCUGAGCACGCUGACUGUGGUGCAUCGCCUGCUGCCCAUUAGCAUCAUUGCGACAGUGGGCUGGGUGUACGGCUUCCUCAUGCGGCUGCUCAAUCGCUACUACUGGAAUACGGAGCAGGUGCAGGUGGGUCAGGUGCCGACGCCAAACACCUAUCGCCGCAACUCAGCCGUGAUCAUGCGCCGCUGCAGCACCGCCAGCUCCGACGUGAGCAACUACAGCAACGAGCUGCUCCACAACUUUGAGCAAACAGUCGCCGUGAGCAUCGCAGAUCUGUGGCACAUCAACUUCAAUACGAUCCAUGAGUGCGACAGCAUGAACGAGAUCAGUGACGUGGCUAGCAAAUCGCAGAGCACGCAAACCAUUUGAAUUUUAUGCCACUGCCCAAAAGUAGGCAACACUUUCUUUAACAACAACCUUAGCCAUAAAAAAUUAUAGGCGCCUAAGUUAUAGAUU